AUGGCUUGCCCUGACUGUGGAAAAAUAAAACAACGAGGGGUAUCUAUUGUUGAAGAAAACCAAGAAUUACGCCAGCAAUUAGCAGCAGUUCAAAAACAAUUAGCUGAAGUUUUGGCUGAAUUGAAAAAGUUAAAGAAUAAUUCGACCGGUAAAGAUAGUGAAAAGUUGAACCAGCAAAUAGUUCAAAAUGAAAGGUUAAUUGCAAGUGGUAGUGCCGUUUCUGAAGUCGAAGUGCGAGACCAAAUUAAUAAAUCAGAAGCCUUAAUGAAAGAAUUUAAUACCACUGUUUCACCAGUAAAUGAUAAUAAGAAGGAUAAUGAUUUCUCAACUGGUUUAGUUAUUGGCGGUGGAAUAUUAGCAUUAAUGGGAUUAAUGGCAAUAUUGAUUAUAAAAAAAA